UACCGGACGUGCCCGUUGUGUUGUUGCACCAGCGCCGCUGUCAUGUGAUAGCUCGUCCGCUGUUGACAGUAGCUUCCCUACCUUUGGAUGAAGCUGCAGCAGCAAAAACACGCAGGGAAUACGUUUUUUUUCUGUUUGCUGGGGAGGAUAAAAAAAAGAGCCACGGGUCGUUUCUGACGGAGAACAGGGAAGCUGGGGUUGUGUAGCUUCGGCCCUCGGACGCUGCCAUGGGUUGCUGUUACAGCAGCGAGAGCGAGAACACGGAGCAGGACCCCGAACGUAAAAGGCUGAUCCCCAACCCCAACCCUGUCAGCAAACCCCCAAAUGGAACGGACUGGAUCACUACCAGUGUCCCCUCAGCGCGGACAGAUGAGCAGGCCCUUCUUACAUCCAUCCUCCACAAGACGGCACAGAACAUCAUUGAUGUCUCAGCAGCUGACUCCGUCAUGAUGGAGCAGCACGAAUACAUGGACAAAGCUCGGCAAUACAGUACAAAGCUGGCCAUGAGCAACAGUCUGUCCCAGAAGAAAGCCCUCACUCUCCCCUCCCUCACCAGCCAGCCCCACCAAGUUCUUGCAAGUGACCUGGUGCCAUACUCAGAUGUUCAGCAGGUGUCCAAGAUAGCAGCCUAUGCUUACAGUGCAAUCUCUCAAAUCAAGGUGGACGCUAAAGAAGAGCUGGUGGUCCAGUUUGCCAUUCCCUGAUCCUUCGACUCUGGCCUGCAUUUUUUUCCUCCUGUCAUCCCGCUCUCUUUGUGUCACUCCUGCAUUCUCACCCUUUUAUUAAAGCAUCUUGGUCCUUGUGCUUUUUAGCUAUGCCUCUAACAAAGACAGAGACAAUGUAGGAUUGUACACUGUGGCUAUCCAUUAGUGUACUUUAUUACGGUCAAUGUCAAAUUGUCAUCAUCGACAAUGGAAGAUGAUCUACUGUAGAUUGGCCACUGGGGUGUGAUCUCAUAUUUACAACAAGGCCGACUGGUAUGUGUGUGGAUCAGAGGCUUUGUCAGAACCAGCUGUGGGAAAAAAAAAAAUCAAAUUUCAAUCCUUCUUGCUGAUCUCUAAUCUUUUAAAAAUGGGUGUCUCUGUGUCUUUAUUAUGUAAGUUUACAUUGCUCGUACUUAGGCAAGCAACACAAGCUCUACACCCCAGACGGUUGUCCAGAGGCAUGGAACAGACCUGGGCAGAGGUUGUAGGAUUAUUGGCAAGGAGCAUUUGCUAUUGCUGUAUAUAUUUAUAUACAAAGUCCAGUGGAACAAGACAACUGAUUCAUCUUUGUGGCAUGGAAUAAUGGAAAUUACCACAGUACCAUGGGGGCAAAUGCAGUGGUUGAAUAGUUUAACUAUUGAGCAGGAUAAAAAAAAGAAAACUUGCAACAUGACUUAAAGUUUGCACUUGGAUGCGUUUGACUUUGUUCUGUCGUCCUGGGAUGAUGCCGCCUAUUCUCAUUUCUCCUCGCACAGCAAGAAAUAUGUCUAAAUGUUUAAGAAUUUAAACGUCCCACAGUGAUCUGGUGUCCCUCUCCCUCUACAUGACACGGUAAACAAAGCUGACUUGAGUAAUGUAGUGGACAUUUUCACUGUUAUAUUGUUUGGAAACUCAGUGAAACAGGUUGGAUUGGUCAUUUGUUGUCCGUUUAAUCUGUCAUUGUAGUUGAGUGACCUGUCCACGGCUGAAGUCCUGUGGUGGGUGAGGAUGCCAACACAAGCAGGGUGGGUGCCUGGUGGGCCUACUAAUGUCACAGAAGUUGGGAACGGAUGGAGGUUUCUUGUGUUUACAGACAGUAAUUUGUCCUCAGCAUUUUUUUUUAUUAUCAACUAAUGAGCGGUCAGAGUCUUCAAAUCAAAUCCCAGACCUUCAUAUAUAUAUAUAUAUAUAUAUAUAUAUAUAUAUGUAAUAGCAGCAGAGACACACUGAGAUGAAGGGGGUGGGUGCAGGAACAGAUGUCGUGUAUUCAUGCCUUCUUUGUACAGAAUUUUCAGAUUGAAUAUAAAAACAUGAUGGAUUGUAUGAAGUUCCUCCUUUUGUGGUAAGGAUUGGCUGAGGUCUCAUGGCGACAACAAACGUUUUUACGAAACACGAGGCCUGCAAAGCUUUUCGCUGCAGACUGUAAUACGAGGGUGUUGUUCAUAUUAAGAAACUAACCAUUGAAGCAGUGUGGGGGGAGUGUUAACAAUCUUAUGUACCACAACCGAUAAAAUGAUCUGAGACUGUCUUGUGGUCAUUUGUGUUUUAAAUGUAUAUUUACUCUUUUGAGGAGAGCACUUGACCUUAUGUGUGGGCAGCGAGCAUAGUGAGUUGCUCAAGUCUCUAAAAGGGAUGAUCUACAAGGCUGUGAUUAUUUCAACCAUGCAAUUGAUUUAAGCUUUUUGGCAUUUAUUUUUCCAGUUUUAUUUGUUACUCAAAUGUCGAAUACUACCUGAAAUAUGUUUGUAAUAUCUUAGGCUAGUACCAAAAAGUUUUAAUGUUUUGUUUUGUUUGUUUUUGGGGUUUAAUUAAUUCAUUAAAGACUUUCAACAUAA